AUGUCCAUGAUCAGCCAACUGUCCUUGCUAAACAACCCCAAGCCCCAGCCCCACAUCAACAACCACAACAACAACCAAUUCCAGGUCAGCUUCAACAACCAUACCCUCAACAGCCUGUACAAUACCAACAGCAUCCAGGUCAGCCACAACAGGUUUACCAACAACACCCAGGUCAACCACAACAGGUUUACCAACAGCACCCAGGUCAGCCACAACAGGUUUACCCAACAACCAUAUCAGGGUCAAUCAUACCAGCAAGGUGGCCAUCCACAGAGUCCAUAUCAGCCACAGCAGCCAUACGGAUACCAACAGACCUACGUCGUCCAGCCAGCUCCAGUGCAGCUAGUCACCACCGAAUGCUGGUUCUGCAAGGGUCGUGGCCACGACAGCUGUUUCCACUGCAAAGGAAGCGGUCGCCAACAGAAUUGGUGUAUGUAG